CUCCCCCCUGCAACUCACUCACUCCCCAAUCAACUUUUGCUUUUCAUUUUCACCAUUAAAGCUUUUCUUUCUUUCUUUCUAUCUCAUUGGUCACCCCCUUCACUUUCUUUUUCAUUCAUCUCUGUGUUGUUACAAACUCACACUCAUUUUCACCAUCAGAAAAAAAACCCCUCUUUAAAACAACAAAGAAUCCAAGAAUCUUGACACACACAUUUGGAACAAGAAAGAAUGAGAGUAUUUUAAAACAUUCACAAGAAAGAUUCUUGAAUUGUGUUUGGGCUAUUUAAAGAAUCUUGUUUUUUUUUUUAAUCUUUUUAAGGGUUUGUUUUUGAUACAUUUGGAAGAUAUGGCAGAAGCACCAAAAGCAGAGGAUAUUACUCAUCUUCCAACUGACCAACUUCAAGGGUUGGAGUAUUGUAUUGACUCAAAUCCUUCAUGGGGGGAAGCUAUAGCUUUAGGGUUUCAACAUUACAUAUUGUCUUUAGGGACUGCUGUUAUGAUACCCUCCUUUCUUGUUCCUUUGAUGGGUGGUACAUCUGGUGAUAAAGUGAGGGUGGUGCAAACAUUGCUAUUUGUUCAAGGAAUUAACACAUUUUUGCAAACACUAUUCGGAACCCGAUUACCAGUUGUAGUUGGUGGAUCAUGGGCAUUCAUGGUUCCUAUAAUCUCAAUCAUCCAUGACCCUUCUCUAACCGCCAUCGGAGACGAUCACAUGAGAUUUCUUGCUACAAUGCGAGCUAUACAAGGCGCGCUUAUUGUGGCAUCGAGUGUGCAGAUUAUCUUGGGGUAUAGUCAGUUGUGGGCUAUAUGUUCAAGAUUCUUUAGUCCUGUUGGUAUGGUUCCGGUGAUCGCAUUGGCUGGUUUUGGUCUCUUCGACAGAGGAUUUCCGGUGGUUGGAAGGUGCGUUGAAUUUGGCAUACCGAUGCUAAUUCUCUUCAUCACGUUCUCUCAGUACCUGAAACAGUUUCAGCCGAAACAAAUGCCAAUAUUGGAGCGGUUUGCACUGCUUUUGACCAUAGCAUUGAUCUGGGCAUAUGCACACUUAUUGACAGUUAGUGGCGCGUAUAAACAUCAUCCAGAACAGACUCAAAUGCACUGUAGAACUGAUAAAGCCGAUCUUAUAUCUGCUGCACCAUGGAUAAAGAUCCCCUACCCGCUGCAAUGGGGUGCACCGACUUUUGAAGCGGGCCAUGCUUUCGGGAUGAUGGCUGCUGUUCUAGUCUCUCUUGUUGAGUCGACAGGUGCAUACAAGGCGGCAGCGCGUCUAGCAAGUGCUACACCGCCUCCGGCUCAUGUUCUCAGUCGAGGGAUUGGGUGGCAGGGGAUCGGCAUUCUCUUGAGCGGUCUCUUUGGAACAGCAACUGGAUCGACGGUUUCUGUAGAGAAUGUUGGUAUGAUGGGAAGCACUCGUGUUGGUAGCCGAAGAGUCAUUCAAAUCUCUGCCGGUUUCAUGAUCUUCUUCUCGAUAUUAGGGAAAUUUGGAGCUUUAUUUGCGUCGAUACCUUUCCCGAUCUUUGCUGCGGUAUAUUGCGUGCUAUUCGGUUUUGUUGCUUCUGUCGGGUUGUCAUUCUUGCAAUUCACAAACAUGAACUCGAUGAGAAACUUGUUCAUCGUGGGUGUGUCUUUCUUUCUUGGUUUGUCGAUUCCCGAGUACUUUAGGGAGUACACAGCUGGUGCGCUUCACGGUCCUUCACAUACAAAAGCCGAAUGGUUCAACGACUUCCUCAACACCGUCUUCUUCUCUUCCCCGACGGUGGCGUUAAUGGUGUCGGUGUUUCUCGACAACACACUCGAGGUGAAAGACAGUGCUAAAGACAGGGGGAUGCCAUGGUGGGCCAGGUUUCGAUCGUUCAAAGGCGAUAGUCGAAAUGAAGAGUUUUACACCCUCCCUUUCAAUCUUAACCGGUUCUUUCCACCAUCAUGAGAUUCAUUUUCAGGUCGAAAGGUUAACUGUUAAGGGUAGUUUUGUCAUUUUGCCAUUUUGCAACAUUGAGAUUGUGCUGAUCACAAUCCCUUUUUGUGUUCUAAAAUUUCAUUAAUUUCGUGUAAAUGAAUGUUCUUUAUGUGCUUCAA